AUGAAACUGAUUAUCCUCAAUGACUACGACGCUGCAAGCGAGUGGGCUGCUAAAUACAUCAGGAAUAAGAUCUUACUUUUCAAACCUGGACCCGACCGCUAUUUUACUCUUGGGCUUCCAACUGGAAGCACUCCCUUAGGCUGCUACAAGAAACUGAUUGAGUAUUAUAAGAAUGGAGAACUGUCUUUUGAGUAUGUCAAGACGUUCAACAUGGAUGAAUAUGUGGGACUUCCCAGAAAUCACCCCGAGAGCUACCAUUCCUUCAUGUGGAACAACUUCUUCAAGCACAUCGACAUCAGAGCGGAUAACACGCACAUCCUGGAUGGCAACGCUGCUGACCUGCUAGCAGAGUGCGCCGCCUUCGAAGAGAAAAUAACAGCGGCUGGCGGCAUCCAGCUCUUUGUCGGAGGAAUCGGGCCGGACGGCCACAUCGCCUUUAACGAGCCCGGAUCUAGCCUGGUGUCUAGGACCAGGGUGAAGACCUUGGCAAGAGACACCAUUCUGGCCAAUGCUAGAUUUUUUGAUGGAGACCUCUCCAAGGUGCCUACUAUGGCACUGACUGUUGGAGUGGGCACCGUCAUGGAUGCAAAAGAGGUGAUGAUUCUCAUCACUGGAGCUCACAAGGCCUUUGCUCUGUACAAAGCCAUAGAAGAAGGGGUGAACCACAUGUGGACCGUGUCUGCAUUUCAGCAGCACCCACAAACUCUUUUUGUCUGUGACGAAGAUGCCACUCUAGAAUUGAGGGUUAAGACUGUGAAAUAUUUCAAAGGGAUGAUGCAUGUGCACAACAAGCUUGUCGAACUACCCGAUUUAGAGCCCAAGAAAUGA